AAACAUAUUUUACAGAUAAUGCAGGUAUGGGGAGGAGCUUAGGAAUAUAAAAGACUCUUUGGUCCUCAGCUCGAUGUACAGAGGUAACAUGGAAAAGCUACUUAUAUGCCUUGGACUUGCUCUCCUGCUGCAGGCGCAGCUUGGAUCAUCCUACAUCCUAUCCUGUUAUUUCACCAACUGGGGACAGUACCGUCCUGGAGCCGGCAAGUUUUUUCCCACCAACAUCGACCCAUGUCUCUGUGACCACCUCAUCUAUGCCUUUGCUGGAAUGGACAACAACAUGAUCCAGACCUACGAGUGGAACGAUGUGAAACUCUACGGAGAGUUCCAGGCCCUGAAGAACCAGAACAGCAACCUGAAGACUCUGUUGGCCAUUGGAGGAUGGAACUUUGGUACUCAGAAGUUCUCAACUAUGGUGUCCUCUGCUGCCAAUCGUCAGACCUUCAUCAACAGUGUGAUCAAGUUCCUGCGCCAGUACCAGUUUGAUGGUCUGGAUAUUGACUGGGAGUACCCUGGCUCUCGUGGAUCCCCACCUCAGGACAAGCAGCUUUACACCGUCCUGGUCCAGGAGAUGAUGAGCGCCUUUGAGGAGGAGGGCAAGACGACCAAUCGUCCCCGUCUGAUGCUGACUGCUGCUGUCUCUGCUGGAAAGGCAACUAUUGACUCUGCAUAUCAGAUUGCCCAGAUUGGAGCUGUCCUGGACUACUUCCAUGUCAUGACCUAUGACUUCCACGUUCCCUCGGAUCAGAGUGUUGGAGAGAACAGCCCUCUGUACAGUGGCCCUGCUGACCAGGGGUCUAUGAACUACUUCAAUGUGGACUAUGCUAUGAACUACUGGAAGAGCAAUGGUGCACCAGCUGAGAAGUUGCUGGUUGGGUUCCCCACCUAUGGCCACACCUUCCAUCUGACUUCCUCUAACACAGCUGUGGGAGCUCCUUCCAGUGGACCUGGACCUGCUGGGCCUUACACUGGUCAGGCUGGCCUCUUGGCCUACUAUGAGAUCUGCACUUUCCUGAAGCAAGGAGCCACUCAGUCUUGGGAUAGUCCUCAGGAUGUGCCAUAUACCUACAAUAUGCCAACCUGGCUUGGGUAUGAUAAUGUUAGGAGUUUCCAGAUUAAGUCUCAGUGGUUGAAACAGAACGGUUUCGGUGGAGCCAUGGUAUGGAGUUUGGAUAUGGAUGACUUCAGUGGCACUUUCUGUGGCCAGGGAAAAUACCCCUUGAUCAACACCAUCAAGAGUGGACUGGGAACUGGAACUUCCUGCAGUGCUCGUUCUGGCCCCCUGUCUCCAGUCACACCAACCCAAAGCUCUCAGCCCCAAACUGGCAGCAGCAGUAGCAGCGGCGGCGGCGGCAGCAGCACAGGAUCUGGCUUCUGUGUCGGCAAGUCUAAUGGACUCUACUCUGACCCAACCAACAAGAACCUGUUCUAUGAAUGCGACCAGGGAGUCACUUACGUCCAGCACUGUGGCGUCGGCCUGGUGUUCGAUGACAGCUGCCAGUGCUGCAACUAUGCUUAAACAAUCCAUGGUUGACAUUCAUGCUGGUUGUUCUUUUAAGUUAGGAGCUGGGUCAACUAUCAAGUACAUUAAGACCAUGAAACUAGAACAGCUUGGUAACACCUGUAAGUGAUGUAAUCUGAAUAAACACUACAUUG